CACUUUAGUCAGACACUCGCUACAGAGACCUGAGUUUUAUCCUGAAUUGUUUUUUUAUUACUUGUUAAACGCGGUGACGAACAUUUUUAUGAGUGAAACUGUUUAUUUCUGAUUGGCCAAAGUCUGCACUGUAAAAUGGAGGACAAUAGCGCUGUACUUAAUGUUUUGCUUUUACUCACAUUUUCUGUUCAUCUUUCUGCAGCAGACACACACUCUCAGCAGUUCUUCUACACCGCUGUCACACCAGGAAUAAAUGUCACUGCUGUUGGUCUGCUGGAUGGGGAACAGUUUGUGUACUACAACAGUAACAUCAAGAUGAUGAUCCCAAAGACAGAGUGGAUACAGAAGAUCACUGCUGAUGAUAAAGGUUACUGGAACAGAGAAACAGAGCGUGUUGAGACUCAUCAGGACUCUGUGGCUACAGUAAUGAAAAGCUUGAAUCAAACUGAAGGAGAUCAUAAACUCCAGUGGAUGCUUGGCUGUGGGCUUGAUAACGUCACUGUUAGAGGAUACAGUCAGUAUCGUUAUGAUGGAGAAGAUUUCAUCAGUCUGGAUCUGAACUGGAACCAGGAACUUGGAAGUGGAACCUGGACUGCAGCUAAUGAGAAAGCUGAAAUCUUUAUAAACAUGUGGGACCCUAAAGGAGACCAGGCCAGAUACUGGAUGGACUACCUGAAAUACGACUGUAUUGAUCAGUUAAAGAAGUUUGUGAAUCACAGCAGAGAGACUCUAGAGAGGAAAGUUCAUUCUGAGGUUUCAGUGAUCCAGAAACACUCGUCUUCUCCAGAGGUGGUGUGUAACGCUACAGGUUUCUUCCCCGAAGCAGUGAAUAUCACAUGGAGGAAGGACGGAGAGGACGUGCAUGAGAACGUGGAGCUCAGAAUGUCGUUAAUAAACCAGGAUGGAAGCUUCCAGAAGAGAAGCAUUCUGAAAGUCCCAGCUGAGGAGCUGCAGAAACACAACUACACCUGUGUGAUUCAGCACAGCAGCUUGGAGAAGGAGUUAGUGCUGAAUGUGAACAAGCAAUCAAACACAAAAGGUUCAGGAUCAGGUGGAGGAUCAGGUGGAGGAUCAGAUGGAGGAUCAGAUGGAGGAUCAGAUGGAGGAUCAGAUGGAGGGAAUAUUGGCAUCAUUGUUGCUGUAGUCGUCCCUCUCCUUGUUCUCGUUGCUGUUGGAGUGUUCUUCUGGAAGAAGAUAAAAUGUUCUGGUGCAGACAAACCCCCUGAAAUUCAACAGAAUGGAACUGAGAUACAUCCCCUAAAGACUCCACACAGUGACGUUCCGGUCUAAACCAGGAAGUGAGCCUCCACACUGAAGAGCGAUUUCCUGUCCAGGUUUUCCUCUACUGAAGCUUCCAUUCAGGGUGUGAAGAGUGAAUACAUACAUCUUUCAUGUGGGUUUAACUCAGACUCCAGUGUAAUGCUUAUUUUCAGUCUUUAUCAGAACUUAUGGACUUUAUCAGUAGUUACUACUGUGGAUAAAUAGUACAAGUACAAUAGUACAAUAAGUACUUUAUUACUGUGGAUAAAAGUACAAGCUUAAAGACAAAGAAAGAGAAAGAACAGCGGUGUAAGAACUGAAGCUGAGUCACUACACAGCUUUAUUUUUAAAAUAAAACUCCUGAUUGUACAGAGCAGAGGAAGGAGUUCAGAGGAUCCCAGCAACAGCCAGUAAAUGUAAACGUGCUUUACUCCAUAUUAGUCAGUGAAUGAAGCAAAUGAUGUUUACCUUAAUGACCAACACACAGGAUCCCAGGGUGACUAUAGUUUAUUAACUGUGACAUUUUGACAUUUUCAAACUAGAUUGGAGCAGAAACUCAGCUAGUGUUGGUGUAGAGAUGCAUUUGCUUUAUUUUUCCUCCUAAAACUUGUCAGUAUGUGGUCUAAGAGAAAUUGUUGUGUGGCUUGUGUUCUGUGAAGGACUGGAGGCCCAGGAAGGGUUUUCUUAAGACAAAAUUUAUUAUUAGUUUUACUUCAAACCAAAACUCCAUCCAGAUCCAUGUAAUGUUUCUUCUAUGUGUUUGGGUUUGUUUAUGUUGGGGGUUUAUUUUAGAGUCCAGUGGGUUUUAAUGUGGUGUUACAUCAGUUAGGAGAAUCUCAACAACCAGAACAACAAAGAUUACUAACAAAACUGGACAAAUUUUCACAAAUCCUUCAGUAACUGAAGUCAGCAGCUUCCUUUAGACAUACAGUGAGCUUAUUAAAGGAUAUUUCUGUUUUUCUCAGUGCAUGAAACAUGCACAACAGGUACAGAGGAAAAAUACAGUAAUUACUGUAAUAAUCUGUAUUAUUUUUGUUUAUACUCACAAUUGUGAGUGUUUUUUGGCAGUGUUUACUGCAAUGUUUACAGAGAAAUAUUUAUGGACAGGCUAUUUUGAUGCCUUUUUGUCAUUUCUUGUCUUUUAAGCUUUUUACAUUAUGGAUCAUGUGCAGCAUUAUUAGCAAAGUUAUUGUUAUUGCUUUUUAUGAUGUAUUAUUUAAUGCCUUUUUUAACUAUUUGAAAUGUGAUGUAUUGAAUACUAUGAACUAAAGGCAAUAUGAGUCACUUUGCACUUUUUUAAACUUAAAUGUAUCAAGAUUGAUGAUAUAUUUAUGUAUUGUUACAUGAGACAUAUUUUAGAAUAAUAUGUGUGUGCAAAAGUGUGUACAUUUGAGAGCAAAAGUAUUAAUACCCAGUAACUUGAAACAUCAGUACAAUUAGAGGGUGUUUUUACUUUUCUGCCCAAAUUCAGUAUAACACCCAGAGGAAAGAGCUAUCUGUGAUUGACAGGAAACAGAGGUUAGCCCCUCCCACCCUGACAGCACAGACAAUACUGCUCCAAAGUCAAAUUGGCUUUUAAAACUCUUUCACUUUUUUUAAGCUCACAAACUCAAACCUGGGACACACACUUUUGUACUCAACUGGAAAAUGAAUGAAAAUGUUUACUUACCAAGUAUAUAUGUUUUUUAUUUAAUAUAUAUUUUUGGUAA